GCAGCUAAUUCAAUAAUAAAAGGCUAAUGUUGAUUACGAUACGAUAUACCUUUAUUGUCCCACAAUGGGGAAAUUCCCAGUAUUUCGGCAGCAAAGAGAUAGUCACACAGCAAAAGAAAGUCACACAAAUUAUAAAUUAUAUAUGCAUUUGCACAGAAAACGAGGAACAGCAACAACAAGGUGCACGGUGGAGCACAGAAUUGUGACAGUGGAUGAGAGAAUUGAGUAUUAUAGUGAUCACAGUGGUGACUGGGUCUGCUGGGAGUGCUGCUGUCUGUAAAGUCUUACAGCAGCAGGAAGGAAGGACUUUCAAUAUCUUUCCUUCACACACUUGGGGGUAGGAGUCAUUCUCCAUCAGCGAUGUUAGCUUUGCAGUCAUCCUUCUCUCUCCCACCACCUGCACUGAGUCCAGGGAGCAGCCCAACACAGAGCUGGUCUUCCUAAUCAGUUUGUCCAGUCUCUUCCUGUCAACAGUGGAGAUACUGCUGCUCCAGUAGACCACUGGAUUAUUGGAUCUGAUUAUUGGACUGAAUUAUUCAUCUGCCUGUCACAGGACCAACAUCACACUCACAUUUACACCAACAGUCCAUUCUCCAGUUAACUUAACACUAGUUUACCUUUGCACUGUGGGAGCAGAACACAAACAUUGGAACAACAUGGAAACUCCACACACACAGAGUCUCUGGUUGAACCAGGAUUGGAGUCAAAGACUACAAUAGAUGGACAAUGGCUUGGCCAUCACAUGUCUGAUCCCCGGUCCACCAACAUAGGAGCACCUCAGGGGUGCGUGCUGUCUCCAUUUCUCUACUCACUGUACACUAAUGACUGCACUUCCAACAACAACUCCAUCAAGCUGAUUCAAUUUGCAGAUGACACCACCUUGCUCGGCCUUAUCAAGGGCAAGGACGAGCCUGCUUUUAGGCAGGAAGUGUCUCAUUUGGCUAUGUGGUGUGACAAAUUAUCUGGAACUCAACCCAAAACGGACAGUGGAAAUGCUGAUACACUUCCGCCGUGCCCCCUCCCCUCUACUACCCAUAACCAUCAAUAGCUCUGUCGUCAAGGUUGUGGAGUCAUUCAAAUUACUAGGCACAACAAUAACAGACAACCUGAAAUGGGAGGAAAACACAUCCUCCAUCAUUAAGAGGGCGCACAGUGGAAUGUUUUUCCCGAGGCAGCUACGGAAACUGAAUGUUUCCAGCUCUGUUUGGUCCAGGUUUUACAGAGCCACUGUGGAAAGUGCUCUGACUUCGUCCAUCUUGGUGUGGUUUACCUCAACAUCCUCCCAUGCAAAGAACAGGCUGCAAUGUGUUGUGCACAAAGCAAAGAGUCUGACUGGACAGGGGUAGCUGUCAAUCAGUGGCCUACAUGAGGCCAGGGUCAGGAAGAGGGCAGGUAAAAUUGCUGCUGAUCAGUCUCAUCCUGCAAACAGCAUCUUUGGACUGCUCCCCUCGUGUAAGCGGUACCGUGCCAUCAGGACCAGGACCUCACACCAUCGAAAUAUUUUUUUUUUUUUUAAAGGCAUCAUAAAAAUUAAUCAUAACCUUUACUCAACAGCACAUCAUUUUGCAUUUUGUAAAGCCUUAAUAUAUGACCUGUAAUCACACACCCGCAUAAUGUCCAUAUAAGGAGUUGUGUAUUGUUCCUGCGACAAAGUACACCACAUACAUCAAGACAAGUACAGGAUUAGAUGUCAUGUUUCAACAUCUACUACACAGGAUGUUGGCUUCUUCCUGUGUCAGUUAUAUAAUGAAAUAAUUCAGAUGGUUUUCUAAUUAGUGGCGUUGUUUUCCUAUGAUCUCUCACUGCUGGUAAAAUCAGCGGAUAAGACACCUUCCUCUGGUUCCUAUAAGGCUCAGCCUUUUCUUUUUCACUCGCUCUAAAAACAUAUAUUUAUGAUUUACCCUACCUGCUCCGUAAUGGACUCCUGUGUUUACUUGUCUUGUUAAAACCUGAAACAGGAAAGGAACGUAAAACAGAGUGUGAGGAUAAUAUGAUCCCGUAUGAGCACAGGUAAAUAAUUAUAUAAGAAUAAGAAUAACUGAGAGUAGAGUGGUGGGGACUUUGCCCACCCAUCACAGGAGCAGAGGGCUAGAAAUCGCCAGGAAGCUGAGGAAUGUGUGAACACAGUUAUGAACUCAGAUGUUUCCACAUGAUUAUGAACACCCAACUUCCUCUGCUUCCUCAGCAUGAAGGAACAAACCCUUUCAGGUCCACAGAUACAGGAGUAUACGUGCACAGAUGAGUACGUUAUAUUGUGUGGAAACGUGGUAAUUGUACACGUCCUGAGCCGCAGUCGACCACUACCAGCCAUUUCCUCCACAAAAGAAAUGAUUUCCUCUAAGUCUGAGUGAGUCUUUCUUCGAAAACAGACUCGGUUUCUUUCACAGUCCUUUCAAAGUCCUGAUGUGACAAAAAGAUCAAGUAUUUCUUUAUCUGUGAAGCCCCAAUCAAAAUGUAACUUCACCAAAUGUCACACACAUUCACUUAUCCUGUAAUAUGAUAUCUAACUCCAGAAGAAAGGCAGAUUUUUGUUCAUUUGUUCACUCAUGCGUGGCUUAGAUUUGGUUACGUUGCCAUUUAAAAAUGAUCAUUGUGACAAGAAAAUUACAAUUAUGCUAAAAAAUAAUAAAUAAUACAAACUAGUAAAUAUAUGAAUAUAUUCACAUAUAGUCAUAUAAUAUAUGGAUUUCAUAAAUUCAGUUUUUAAAUACAUUUCUGCUUCUUAAAUGUCUACAAUUACAACUAAUAUUACAUCUGAUGUAGGUAGAUGUAGCUGCUGUAAUGCAAUUAGAUCUUUACCUUUCACACUAACUAUAUCCAACCUCAGCAGCAUGAUGCACAUGUUCUUGUAGAUUGUUAUAUUUGAUUCAGUGACUUUUUAAAUUGGCAUCUUUUGCUGGGUUUUUAUGACACACAAUACUUAUCAUGACCUUUUUGCAUCUUACAAAAAAAUAUGAAAAUAAUAAAAACUAAACUAAAACUAAGCAUUUACAAAAAAUAAAACUAAUAAGAACUAGCAAACCCACUCUAAAAAACAAAUAAUACUAAGAAAACCAACAAAACAAAAAAUCUAAACUAAAUAAAAGAUGAUCGUAGCCCUGAAUGUGAACACUUUCACUUUCACAGAGAAGAGAAAAAAAAGCAAGCAGCACUGCCAACAUUGUUCCUCUCCGUGUACACAUUGUGAGCUCGUUCAGUGCGUUCACUCCAGACGCCUGUUUGUUCCGUGGUUUAUGACUUUCUUUGGUCUCUCUGAAUAGAACAAGUGGGAAAGAUGUUUUUCAUACUGUCGGUGGUGUCUUUCAUGAACCUGCUGUGUGGUUACCAUGUCCUCGGUUGUGUUAUGAACUGUCCACAUAGAAGUGAGGUAAGUCCGUCCAGACUGGUGGUGAAGCACGGUGACCCGGCCUCAGCCGUGUGCUCUCUGUGUCAGUCUUGCCAGAGCAAAGAGUCAUUAGGUCUGGAGGUUUCACUCGGACGCAAGACGGGGAAUGCCACUGUGCUUCUGUGGAGCGUGGACAGAAUGACUCUGUGGGGCACAAGCGCCCUGUGCUUCUACAAUGACCUGUCUGCACGCGUGUGCUGCACUGAACUGCCUGUGACCGUUUACAAGCCUCCAGACAGUGUGUCCAUCAGCUUUACAAACCACUCUGGCCCGAUGUUUGAGGGUCAUCAGUACGCUCUGCAGUGUGAAGUGCACAACGUUGCUCCAGUUGCAAACCUCACCGUGACCUUCUACAGAGGGUGGACGACUCUGGGUCAACUACACUUAGACAGCUCAGUUUUGGAACCAGUGACCGAGGUCUUCACUCACAACUUUUAUGCCACUGGAGAAGAUGAUGGAGCUCAGUUCUGGUGUCAAGGCGUUCUGGAACUGGGACCUGAAGGACCACAGCACCCCCCAGUGGUGAAAUCACAGAACAUUACUGCCACAGUCCACUAUAAGCCUCGGCAGGUGGAGUCAUCGCGUCCAGGUCCGAUCAUUGUCACAGAGGGAGACUCUCUGCAGCUGAACUGCUCUGCUGUGGGAAACCCCAGCCCCUCAUACCGGUGGGAGCUGCCGCAACCCACUCAUCGCCACGUCACGGGUGACCGUCACGUCAUCAACUCUAUAACUCCUAAGGAUGAAGGCCGGUACGUGUGUCAUGUCAGCAAUGAUGUGGGAGCCCUCAGUGUUUCAUUUGAGGUGGUCGUCAAAGGUUUGGAGUUAACCAGCCCGCCACAAUCAAGCACAACUUCAACAAAAGCAACCACCACAAAGACAACAGUCGCACCUAAUAGCAGUACAAGCAUCACACUGACACACGGCUUUAUAAUGUGUGUGCUGCUUUUAUUCUCUGCUGUGAUUUGACUUCAUACUGAAAAAAUGAACAGUAUGUAUGUCAAUAACAUGUAAUCAAAUGCCCCCAAAGUAACACAUACAUUUACAGGAAAUGGCUGACUAACUACUGAAGCAUUAACAUGGUGGAAACUCAUUCUGUAAUGUUUGGGACAUGCAUCUUUUGGAAUUAUUAAAAUCCUUUUUCUUUAUCA